GGAACACUGCCACAGGAUGUACAGACAAGGGAAAGUAGCACUGCCACAGGAUGUACAGACACAUGGGGAGCAUCAAUACCACAGCAUCUACAGACACAUGGGUAGCAGCACUGCCACAGGCUCUACAGACACAGAGGGAGCAAUGGCUACCACAUGAUCUAGACACACACGAGGAAAGCAGCAUUGCCACAGGAUUUCCAGAUAUGCACUGGGAGCAGUAUGACAUGGAAUCACCAGACACACACACGGGAGAAGCACUACCACAGGAUCUACAGACACACAAAGGGGAGCAGGGGUUCAAGAAGCCAGCUCACUUCCACCUUCUCGAGGGCAAUUCAAUCUAUAAACACACACGGGGCAGCACUACUGCAGGAUCUACAGGCACAAGGGUAGCAGCACUGCCAUAGGAUCUACAAACACACACAGGGGGAGCAGCACGGGAUCUAUAGACACGGUCAGGGGGAGCAGCAGUGCCACAGGGUAGAGACCGGGGUCGGUAAAAUGACUCAAGUGGAACAGGACAACGGCAAAGAAAAAGAGAAGGAAAAGGAGAAGGAGCAGCGCGGGGUGAAGCGACCGAUAGUCCCGGCCGCCAUCCCAGAGUCUGUACUGGAGCCAAUCCAGAGUAACUUCAUUGUGGUUAUUCAUCCUGGUUCAUCCACUCUAAGGAUUGGUCGAGCUGCAGAUACACUUCCUGUUGGUGUACCUCAUAUCAUUGCCCGAAGACAUAAACAGCAAGGACAGACUCACUAUGAGGACCCAUGGCUGCACAGGGAUGGUCUCAAUAAACCAGAAAGCAAUGAGCAAAGACAGAAUGGCCUUAAAAUGGUGGAUCAAGCCAUUUGGUCCAAAAAGAUGUCUAAUGGUGCAAGGCGAAUACCAGCUCCUCCAGAUCAGGUGAGGGCAUAUAACAAGCAGAUGAGACCAGCAGUCUUGGACACCAAUUCUGGGGUCAGAUGGACAAACACUUCACAUCAACCUGAGUUUCUUGUAGGAGAAGAGGCAUUGUAUGUAAAUCCAUCAGACUGCUACAAUGUACAUUGGCCAAUUCGCAGAGGCCAGUUUAAUCUUCAUGCAGGACCUGGAGGCUCUCUCACUGCAGUGCUGGCUGAUCUGGAAACUAUAUGGACUUUCGCUAUUCAGAAAUUCCUAGAAAUUCCCCGGAAAGAUUUAAAGUAUUACAGAUGUAUACUGCUCAUCCCGGAUAUCUACAACAGACAACAUGUUAAAGAGCUGAUAAACCUACUUUUGAACAAUAUAGGAUUCUCAGGUGCUGUUGUCCAUCAGGAAUCAAUCUGUGCUACUUUUGGGAGUGGUUUAAGCAGCGCUUGUGUUGUAGAUGUAGGAGAACAAAAGACCAGUGUGUGUUGUGUAGAGGAUGGAGUGUCGCAGCGAAAUACUAGAUUGCGUUUGGCAUAUGGAGGAUCUGAUGUGACCAGAUGUUUCUUCUGGCUUAUGCAGCGGUCUGGUUUCCCUUAUAGAGAUUGUCAACUAUUUAAUCGAAUGGAUUGCCUUCUUCUUCAGCAGCUUAAAGAGACAUUCUGCCAUCUAGACCAGGACAUCUCCGGAAUUCAGGAUCAUGAGUUCAAGGUCCGUCAACCAGAUUCUCCAGCAUUGUUAUAUCAAUUGCGACAAGGAGAUGAAAAGCUACAGGCACCAAUGGCACUGUUUUAUCCAGCUACUUUUGGAAUUGUGGGACAGAAGAUAACCUCAUUGCAACACAGAUCACAGGGUGAUUCAGAAGAUCCACAUGAUGAACAUUACUUGGUGGCAACCCAGAGUAAACAGGAGCAGGCUGCCAAAGCUAUUGCCGAGAGGAAAGCAUUGGCUAAGUAUGCUGGAUUUGAAGUAGAAUCAGGUGCUCAGAAUACUGACAGUGCAGAGAAGAGUCAUUCCCAUGAACUAGAACUUGGAACUUCUCAGCAUGAUUGCCUACUGGGUGGAAAUGAUUCCGAGGAUCUCCCAGCAGCUCUGAUGGCCAGAAAAACAACUGUAUCACAAUUUGAAGGAAAGGCUUUAGGCCUUGAUAAAUCAAUACUGCAUAGUAUUGAUUGCUGUGGCUCUGAUGAAACAAAAAAGAAAAUGUACAGUUCCAUUUUGGUGGUUGGAGGGGGCCUAAUGUUCCACGGGGCUCAAGAAUUCUUACAACACAGAAUUCUGAACAAGAUGCCACCAUCGUUCCGCAGAAUAGUAGAGAAUGUUGAAGUUAUCACAAGACCCAAGGACAUGGAUCCACGCUUGAUAGCAUGGAAAGGUGGUGCUGUUCUGGCUUGUCUGGAUACAACACAGGAGCUGUGGAUACACCAGCGUGAGUGGCAGCGGUUUGGAGUGCGCAUGCUACGGGAGAGAGCACCAUUUGUAUGGUGAAAAGUACUAUCCACAAUUACCCUUACAAAAUAAAAGUUUGUAACUGACUUUUCUGAAAGCAUGAGCAUACAUCAAUAUUGAUGUUUUUAAUAACACUUGUUGCUCUUUUAUUUUGAGAAAAUUAUACAGUUGUAAAACUGUAAUGAUUAAAAGGUCUGCUGAUAUCUGUACAGUAUUUUGAAAAAUGAAGAGGAAGAGUUUAUCAAAAUUAAUGUCACUGCUGCAAAGCCAUUUUCCUGAUGAUGCUGUUGCUGUGCAAAUAUUUUGUAUUGCUGAGAAAAGAGACUUGCUGUGUAAGCUUUUCAUCUUUCACAUGUCAGAAUACCAAAUUUCAACGGGUACAAUAAAUUUAUACUGCAAGAGAAAAGGGUGUUUGAUUGGUGGACUCUGUUAGAGGCAUUUCCAUGGAUAAUGCACCAGGGAACAGUUAUCCCCAGGCUUUUGUUUAGUUGAAAAAGGCACAAUGUCUGGCCAUGAUCUUUUGUUUGCAGAGGACAGGGUCCUACAUAUGAAUAUAUGUAACUUUGAACACGCUACAUUUGUAUAUUUUGUAUUCGUUAUAAAUAAAGUUUUUCUAACUCA